CCAACAAUUAGGCUUAUUCAAAACGUUGGAGAUUUUUCAUAAGUAUAUUGUCAAGUGAUUUGAUACAUUGUGCAUAGUUAAGCCUUUGAAAAUUUUAAAGGAUUCUAAUUUGUGUGAUAAAUAAAAACAAAAUAUUAUCCCCGCGAUUGUGCAACAAAGGAAUUCUAAUUUCUCAUAAUAAAAAAUCGAAAGUCUUUUAACGAAAAACCUACAGAAGAAAAACCAGACCAAAUAUGGUCUCCUUCAAUGCAACAAUUUUGUUGCUCUUCAUUGCUACCACAACAGUCUCUAGCCAGUUCAUGGAAUUCUUUAGUGACUACAAGAAAAACCACAUUGAAGAUGAGAUUAAUUACUCGUUUCGAUAUGUCAUCGAUCAUCCUGAAAGUGGUGUUACACUGGACCACUGGGAGGAUAGAAAAGGCAUCCAAGUUAAUGGAAGAUAUGGACUUUUAGAACCAGGUGGAUAUGUACGAGAUGUACGUUAUGAAGUUAAUGGAGACAAUGGAUUCAAAAGUGUGGUUAGAACCAGAAUGCCAGGAAGUAGAAGCCAUCAAGUUUUAUUUGUUUUGAGAUCACAACCAAAACAGGCGUUGAGAAGAGCCGAACCUGUGGCAUUUGUCGUGUAAAUUCAAAUCAAUAUUAUAUAAUUUUUAAAAUAUAAA